CCCCCUCCCUGCCUCGCACCCCCUUGCUCGCUACACUUCGCUCCUUCCUCGCACUGAUUGUCACACAUUGUUUACUACGGCUUGAAAUGUGACACACAACAGAGGCUAUCUGCUGGAGUACCGCUCUGACAACUGGGAUUCUUUUUGACGCGCCCCGUGCGUCUUGGUUAUUUGGGGGACAGGCUGUGGAGACUACCCUUCUGCCAUGACAGUGGAUUUGUUUGCGCUCUUAUGCGUGCUGGUCAUCACAUCGUCUGCGAUGGAAGAGACCUUGAUGGACACUCGGGUGGCCACAGCUGAGCUGGGGUGGACAGCAUAUCCUAAUUCUGGGUGGGAGGAGGUGAGUGGCUAUGACGAAAACCUCAACACCAUCAGGACGUACCAGGUGUGCAAUGUCUUCGAACCAAGUCAAAACAACUGGCUCCUCACAACCUUCAUUGAUCGCCGCGGAGCACAGCGCAUCUAUGUGGAGAUACGAUUCACCGUGCGCGACUGCAGCUCCAUCCCAAAUGUCCCCGGUUCCUGCAAGGAGACGUUUAAUCUCUACUAUUAUGAAAACGAUGCUGUCAUUGCCACUAAAGGCACAGUCUUCUGGAUGGAGGCCCCCUACCUCAAAGUGGACACCAUUGCUGCUGAUGAAAGCUUCUCACAGGUGGACUUUGGCGGACGCCUGAUGAAAGUUAACACAGAGGUGCGAAGCUUUGGUCCGCUGUCUAAAAAUGGCUUCUACCUGGCCUUUCAGGACUAUGGGGCCUGUAUGUCUCUUCUGUCAGUCAGGGUAUUUUAUAAGAAGUGUCCAAGUGUGGUUCAGAACUUUGCAGUCUUUCCAGAGACCAUGACAGGGGCUGAAAGCACUUCCCUGGUCAUUGCUAGAGGGACCUGCAUCGCAAACUCAGAGGAAGUAGAUGUCCCUAUAAAGCUCUACUGUAACGGAGAUGGAGAGUGGAUGGUUCCUAUCGGUAGCUGCACUUGCAAAGCUGGGUUUGAACCUGACAAUGGCAAUGUCUGCCGAGCAUGUCCACCGGGUACCUUCAAGUCGACCCAAGGUCCAAGUCUUUGUCUACAGUGCCCUCCUAACAGCCGCUCCACAUCUGAGGCUGCCACCAUCUGCGUGUGCCGCAACGGCUACUACCGUGGGGAUGGUGAUCAGCCAGAUAAACCUUGCACCAGCGUGCCAUCCAGCCCGAGAAAUGUGAUCUCCAUUGUCAAUGAAACCUCGGUGAUCCUGGAGUGGCAUGCCCCCAGGGAGACGGGUGGUCGUGAUGAUGUCGUCUACAACAUAGUGUGCAAGAAGUGCCAGGCCAACCGGCGUUCCUGUUCCCACUGUGAUGACAACGUCGAGUUUGUUCCAAGACAGCUGGGCCUGACCGAGACCAGGGUGUUCAUCAGCAACUUAUUGGCUCAUACUGUCUACAGCUUCGAGAUACAGGCCGUCAAUGGUGUCAGCAAUAAGAGUCCAUACCCUGCGCAGCAUGUUUCCAUAGAUAUCACCACCAACCAGGCUGCUCCUUCAAUAGUUCCCAUCAUGCACCAAAUCAGCUCCACCAUGAAUAGCUUCACACUCUCAUGGCCUCAACCAGAACAGCCAAAUGGCAUCAUCCUCGACUACGAGCUACGCUACUAUGAAAAGGACCAUGCAGAGAUUAACUCCACUAUCCUGCGGAGCCAAACUAACACAGCGCGUGUGGAGGCCCUCAGGCCGGGUACAGUCUAUGUGGUACAGGUGCGCGCACGGACUGUGGCUGGCUUUGGCAAAUACAGCAGCAAGAUGUGCUUCCAAACCCUCACAGAUGAUGACUUCAAGUCUGAGCUGAGGGAACAGCUUCCUCUGAUUGCGGGGUCAGCAGCAGCAGGAGUGGUCUUCAUUGUUUCCCUUAUUGCUAUCUCCAUUGUUUGCAGCAGGAAAAGAGCAUAUUCCAAGGAGGCGGUGUACAGUGACAAGCUGCAACAUUACACAACAGGAAGAGAACUCUCAUUGCGAGCCGACAUGUCUAACUGCCCCUCCCCACUGGGCUGCCCGACCCACUUCUCAGGCUCUCCGGGGAUGAAGAUCUACAUUGACCCCUUCACCUACGAGGACCCAAACGAAGCUGUACGAGAAUUUGCCAAGGAGAUAGAUGUUUCUACUGUCAAAAUAGAGGAGGUCAUUGGUGCAGGGGAAUUUGGGGAAGUCUACAAGGGCCGUUUGAAGCUACCUGGCAAGAGGGAAAUCUAUGUAGCCAUUAAGACCUUAAAGGCGGGCUAUGUGGAGAAGCAGAGGCGGGACUUCCUGUCUGAAGCAUCAAUCAUGGGCCAGUUUGACCACCCGAACAUUAUCCGUCUUGAGGGUGUAGUCACAAAGAGCCGUCCAGUUAUGAUCGUUACUGAGUUUAUGGAGAAUGGCGCCCUUGACUCAUUCCUCAGGCAAAAUGAUGGUCAGUUCACAGUGAUCCAGUUGGUGGGAAUGAUGCGUGGGAUUUCUGCAGGAAUGAAAUAUCUCUCAGAAAUGAACUACGUCCAUCGUGACCUGGCCGCACGGAACAUUCUCGUCAACAGCAACUUGGUGUGUAAAGUGUCCGACUUUGGUCUGUCACGCUACCUGCAGGAUGACACGUCUGAUCCCAGCUACACCAGCUCUCUGGGUGGGAAGAUCCCAGUGAGGUGGACAGCACCAGAGGCCAUCGCUUACCGAAAAUUUACCUCGGCCAGUGACGUGUGGAGUUACGGCAUCGUCAUGUGGGAGGUGAUGUCAUUUGGAGAGAGGCCUUACUGGGACAUGUCCAACCAGGAUGUAAUUAAUGCUAUUGAGCAGGACUACCGUUUGCCACCACCCAUGGACUGCCCCAGCGCCUUGCACCAGCUGAUGCUGGACUGUUGGCAAAAAGACCGCAACGUGCGACCCCGCUUCACAGACAUCGUCAGUACUCUGGAUAAGAUGAUCCGUAACCCCGCCAGCCUCAAAGCUGUAGCCAAUAUUCCUGCAGUGCCCUCUCAGCCACUGCUGGACAGAUCCAUACCCGACGUCAACACCUUCAGCUCAGUCGAGGACUGGCUCGCUGCCAUCAAGAUGAGCCAGUACAGAGACAACUUCCUCAACUCAGGCUUUACCUCCCUGCAGCUGGUGGCACAAAUGACCUCAGAAGACUUGCUGAGAAUAGGAGUGACCCUGGCAGGCCACCAGAAGAAAAUCCUUACUAAUAUCCAGUCCAUGAGGGUGCAGAUGAGCCAGUCAUCUACGCCGAUGGCAUGACUACCGGAGGCGCUGUGCCAUGGAACAGGCAGCAUUCGAAGGACCAACAAAAAUAGCAGCCCUCGAAUGACCCCCGAUCCAUCGGAACGCGCCAGAGUCGAAACUAUUGUCUUAAUCUAAUCCACUAUCAUGACAACAGGAGACCAGGGUCUACACUACCACAUGGUUAACAGCUGUCACACUUCAUGCAAUCCACGACAGGAGUUCAGGGUCCAGACUUGAUACUGUUUAUCCAUUCAUCACAAAAGGGAAAUCAAUGUCCGUUGUUGUGGUUAUGAACUACCAUUCAUGCCAUUUUGAACCAAAAUAACCAACAAUCAGACAUCAACACAAAGAACUUCUCAGAGUUUCAAACUGUGGUAAAGUGAGUGAUACUGUACUUCUGCUUCAUGUGGACUAGAAGGUGUUAAAACUUUAAACUGAAACGUGAGGCAUUUAGAAACAUGUGACGUGUGAUUUUACCCAUCCUGUCUUCAGUCUGUGCAAUGAAGAUGCCUUGACCUGGCGGGAAAUAAGUUCCAGAAGAAGAAGAAAAAAAGAAGAAAAACA